AUGAGUUUAGCUGGUGCAUUACAGUAUUUAACUAUCACUCGCCCUGAUCUUUCCUUUGUAGUCAAUCAGUUGUGUCAACAUAUGCAUGUCCCUACGAUUGCUCACUGGGAACAACUAAAGAGAGUUUUAAGGUAUGUUAAAGGAACUGUUAAUUUUGGUCUACGAUUCAAACAGUCAUCCUCAAGAGAAAUUCAUGUCUUCUCUGAUUCUGAUUGGGCUGAUUGUCCGGAGGAUAGGAAAUCCACAAGUGGCUUUGCUGUUUUUCUUGGGUCUAAUCUUAUAUCAUGGGUCUGCAAGAAGCAAAGAACUGUUGCUAGAUUUUCUACUGAGUCUGAAUAUAAAGCUCUAGUAGAUGUUUGUGGUGAGGUAAUUUGGAUCAUGUCCCUUUUACACGAAAUUCAUGUUCCAGGUAUUUCGGUUCAAAAAUUAUGGUGUAAUAAUCUUGGAGCUACAUAUAUUUGUGUCAAUCCCAUCUUUCAUGCCUGCACCAAACAUGUAGAGAUAAAUUAUCACUUUGUGCGAGACAGAGUUGCUGUUGUAGAAAUUCAGGUUAACUUCAUCUCAACAAAAGAUCAACUUGCAGACAUAUUCACCAAAGCAUUGUCUGGUCCUAGAUUUUCUUUUCUCAGAGACAAUCUACAAGUUACAAGUAUACCAUGUGCUUGA